AGCAACAGCAUGGCACUCCCACUAGGUGAGCCAUUCAUUCAUCAAAACAUGACGGGGCUAUCUCUGGCGUUAGCAAGAGGAAAAUCAUCGCAAAUUGAUGUGGUCAGAGUUGAAACAAAAACGGAUAUAAUGUUCUCCUUGUUAUCGGUCGGUUGGGGAUUAAUGUCGGACAUCGAUAUAGAAAGCGAAAGGCUUCGUUCGAUAGGAGGGCAAAGAUUUACAUUGUGGGCUCUCGCGAGAACCGUUGCACUUAGGAAAUACAAAGGUGUGCUAAGCUAUGCCUUGAUUAAAGAUAUCGGUAAUCUACCUAAGCCCAAAGCAGCUAUCUUCGGACGAAGUAUAAGUCAAGAUGGCGCCCUAGAUUCCCCUGAAACUGAAGCGUUCCUCGACUGUGACGAACAAACUGAAACGUUUAUGAGUACAGAGAAUGGAAAGAAACACCAGAGGGUAGACUCUUGGUAUUCUGUACAUUCCAGGAAGACGUUUUACAGUGCUCGUGGUUCAGAUUACCAUAGUAUGACAAGCGCUGGGUCGGAAUUACGGUCGCCUGUUCAAGAACGAAUGUACGGGCCGGCUUCACACCUACCUUCACUAAUGUCAGAACUACCCACCCAUUGGGUGCAAGAAGAUGGCGAAUUCGUCAUGGUUCACGUUUCCUAUCAAUCCCACAUAGGCGAAGACUUCUUAUUCGCACCACACUCCCAACUCGCCGACGGAGUUAUGUGGAUGCUUAUAAUCAAGGCUGGCAUAACGAGAUCGCAAAUAUUUUCGUUUCUUUUAAAAGUGUCUCAGGGUAAUAUAGCGGAUAUAAACAAUGAGUACAUUAAGAUGGUUCCAGUGAGUGCAUUUAGGAUAGUUCCUGAGGGUCAAACGGGUUACAUUACGGUAGACGGAGAACUGGUCGACUAUGGUCCUAUUCAAGCCGAAAUAUUUCCUAAUAUAGUUAAUGUCCUUGUACCCGAUACCAAAUAACCUCUAGUAGUAAUAGUAGAAAGUAAAUUCGACUGAAGCAGUCGCUGAGAAAAUCGAGCCGACGCGAAACUGUUGUGCAAUAAAUAAGGCAUUUGUUUCAUAUAUACCUAAAAGGUUGUGCCAGAUGCUAUAUCAAAAUUAUGGCGAUGUUUUUCUAUGUUAUUUAAUUUUACGUUAAAUAACUUGUGAUAUUGAGAGUACAUUUCAUUUUUGUCUAUUUAACGACUAGUCAAAAAGCGGUGAAUAGUGCCAAAUUGUGUAGCACUCUAAAUCUAUUAAUUAUCAUACAUUUAAAUGAACAGGCCGAGGUACAAUUAUUGUUAAUUAUUGUAUACACGUUUCGUAAGUAGAGCAAACUUGUGCUAGAUUGAUAAUCAAUAAUUACGUACAAAUUCUAGUUUCUAUAUAAAGGCAUCCGUUCUUGAGAAUACUUAGCGUAAGAAUUCUGCUAAUAAAUUAUAGCAAAUAAUUUUUAUUAAAAUAGUAAAUUAUGAAAUUGAUUUUAGGUGUAAAAAUAACACCGGGGGUUCAUGAUAUAAAAUUCAAUUCGAACUUAGUGUCAUCUGAUUUUAUGGUUAAGAUAAGCUUUAUUAUAUUUAUUCCAAUUACUAUGAUAAUAAGAGUAUGUACCUAAUUAGAUUAGUAUUGUAAAUGGGUAGAUUGGUACUUGAAUUAUUAGAUCAUUUGGGGUUAGAAAUAUACUUAAUUAUUUAUUUUCUUUAAUAGGCAGUAUUAGAAUAAUUUAAAGUUUUCUGUGAUAAUGAAGAUUUAUUUAUGCCAUAAUACAAUAUGUGUUAAAAGCCCCAACUUUUGCCUAAUAUUAUAUUGUUUUGAAGAAUUCUUUUUGAUAAUUUUUACAAAAUUACCAAAAUUAAGAUUAAUGAUAAUAACUCAAGGUAUCUAAAACAAGGCUGUAAUUUGCAUACAUAUUGCUUUGAUGCUUAAAUAAGUUAAUAUUAGGAUUUGUGGUCUAAAAUGUUCAAUACCUCUAAUCAUACAUUUGAGUAUUAUAAUGUCUUGUUCUUGUUUUAAAUCGUGAUAAAAACAUCACAAUGCUAUUUAAGAAAAUAUUUUAGGCUGUAAGUUAAAGAUAUGGUCUUCAAUUGAUAUAAACAAUUUUGACAAUAACUACAUCAUUGUCCUUUUUAGAUAAGACAUCAUGUAAUGUUUUAUUUUGGCAAAAAGCACAAAACUUGUCCAAAUAUACAUAUUUAAUGUUGCAUUUAAUUUUAUGUAAACUUUUUUAACAUUCCUAUUACUGUUUAAAUAUUGAA